AUGGUAAUAGCUGACGCAUGGCCACACAGUGACUCGCUCUUCCUCAGUCAGGGGAACGGCGGAGGGGUUCUAAAUAGAACCUUUGAUGCCCACCGCUGGGAGUUCCAGGCCAGGCCAGCGGAGCAUGCUGGGAUUGCUGGCAGAAUUAAGAGGAGACCUGAGGCUUUUCGGGAGGGAGAAGAGUGGCCUUCAGAGGGAGUAAGAGAGAAAGAGGGAAACGUUUUCAUCCUCAUGAGUGGAAUCACCUUACAAAGCAAAGAUAUCCAGAAUAUAGUUUUAGAAGGUGUCGAUGAUGACAGACGGGGGAUCCAGCAAAUAUAUGGUGCUGGCUCCAGUGAGGUGCCCCAACCCCCAGCACCCCGGCCCCCCACUCGCAGGCCAGACCGGCCUUCCUUUGGCCCUGACAUAUGUGAGGGACACUUCGACACCAUCGCUUUCCUCAGGGGAGAGAUGUUCGUCUUCAAGGAAAAGUGGUUCUGGAGAAUGCGUGAUGGUAAACCUCAGCAGGGCUAUCCCAUGCCCAUUGGACACUUCUGGAAGGGACUGCCUCCCUCUAUCAACGCAGCCUACGAACACUCUGAUGGAAAGUUUGUUUUCUUCAAAGGGGACAAGUAUUGGGUUUUCAAUGAGGCCAAAAUGGAAGAAGGUUAUCCAAAAACUUUCAAGGAGCUUGGCACAGGCCUACCAAGAGACAAGCUGGACGCCGCUGUUUUCUACACACCCACCGGCAACACCUACUUCUUCAGAGGAACCAAGUAUUACCGGUUCAAUGAGAAAAGCAGAUCUGUGGAUCCAGAUUACCCCAAACCCAUCAGUGUAUGGCAAGGAGUACCAGAUAAUAUCAAAGGGGCCUUCAUGAGCGAAGAUGGAGCCCACACUUACUUCUACAAAGCCAAUAAGUACUGGAAGUUUAACAAUCAGCAGCUGAAGGUGGAGCCAGGCUACCCCAAAUCGGUCCUGACUGACUGGAUGGGCUGUGAAGGAGAGGAGCCCAAGAGGAGGAUUGGCACAGAUGAGGAAGUGCUCAUCAUUGAGAUGGACGAGUCAGAGGGCGGAGUCAUGGGAGGAGCCGCAACCAUUGUCAUCCCUCUCUUUCUUUUGGCCUGUGUGCUUGUCACUUUGGGGGCUCUGCUGUUCUUCCGGCGCUACGGCACUCCUCGACGCCUCCUCUACUGUCACCGCUCUCUGCUUGAUAAGGUUUAGAGAUGAACACGAACGACACGGGAAGAGACAAGAAAGAGGUAUACAAGUAGAUGGCAUUUGGAAUGGAUGGAGUGAAUAUGAAUGUCAGACAGUAAAGAUUGGUUUACAGGUCUGCAAGCAGUGAGAGAUGAAAAAGUGAAGGAUGUGUAUUGUAUGUUUUUUUUCUAUUUACAUGUACUUCUCUGCCAUUAAUAAAAAAUCCAAAAUGGAGUGGGAGAUAAGAGAGACAGACACAAGUCCCCCUCCAUCUCUUAAAUGGUUACGGUUUAUCAGUGAAAUGCACUUUUGUUCCUUCAGUCUUCUUUUCAGUAUAUAAUCCCUCCUUUAUCCUCUCUGAAAAUCUCCCUCCCCAGAACUGAACUUGACUCCAGCCGGGCGGCUGUUUGAUUGACAUGUUCUAUAUUCUAAUUGAUCUCACUUUGACGUAUUUCAUUAAUUCAGAUUUUGCUUUUUACAUUGCUGAUCCAAUGAAAACCUCCUGCACCCCAUUACAUGCCUUUGCCAUUGAAUUAAUAGUAUGGAAGGACUAACAUAAUUGACCUUCCUUGCACCUUUUAUUCACCAAAGAUAUUUGCACAAAGUAUGGCUCGACUAUAGAGACUGCUGUACGUGAAAGGUCAAAGGUUACAGGUCAAAGUUCAGGGAGAGAGAAGCCGAGCAGUUUCUGGAGUAGGCCAGUUUUAAAUGCACCUAUAGAGCAGAGCUGUCCAUCUGUUUCAACUCAAAAUACUAUUGUUAUUGUAAUGUGUUUGGUACAUUUUACUAUGAUUAAUUAUGUCAUUAAUGAUUGGCAUUGUUAUUAUAACUAUGGUUAUUGUUAUUAUUGUUCUCCAUGUCUAGUCUUGCCUAUUUUAAAUUGUCAUUUCAAGUCCUGCUGGACACAGGCAGAAUGUGACUUAUUUCAAAUUGGCUUCCGAUCUUUUAAUGUCAGGUUUAAGGGCGGAAAAAUCAGGUUUCUAUGCAGAAACAAAUACAGAAUUAUUUAUGAACAGUAAUGGUGCUAUGGGUUUUCUUACUACAUACAUCAGUAUUAGACAUUUCUGAAGUAGUUUUAACAAUGAUAAUGGUAAUGAGGUUUAUAAUGAUAAUGAUAUAGUGUAAAUGUAAAGGAAUGACAUUUUU